AUGGUUUUUGAUCGUGUGAAAAAAGCUUACCGAUCAUGUCUGCUGCAGAUCAUUAUAGUGGGACUGGUCGCCUUCUGCGAACCCGGCAUCUGGACUGCUCUUAAUAAUCUAGGAGCGGGAGGCAAUGCUAGCGCAAGUCACUUCCGACCUUUCCUGAACAAUGCCGCGAAUGCACUGACGUAUGGACUGAUGUCAGUGGGCUGUUUUCUAGCCGGCGGGGUCACCAACAAAAUCACUGCGAAAUGGACCUUGUUCGUCGGAGCUGCGUUUUACACUCCCUAUGCGGCCGGUCUAUACUGUAACAACCGUUUUGGCAACGAGUGGUUUCUUUUGCUCGCGGCUGGUCUCUGUGGAGUCGGGGCAUCUCUGCUAUGGGCCAGUGAGGCUGCCAUUGCGGUUGGAUAUCCGGAGGAGGAGAAAAGAGGACGAUACGUUGGAAUCUGGAUGGGUAUCCGGCAGUUGGGACCGUUAGUUGGCGGUUCCAUAUCCCUCGCUCUCAAUAUCAAUACUGCACAUGUCGGCAAGGUCACCUAUACAACAUACCUAGGGCUUGUUGCUAUCUCAUGCCUUGGAGCUCCAUUUGCAUUGCUGUUGUCACAACCACAGGAUGUUAUCAGAAGUAAUGGCACCAAGAUUCCUUACAUGAAGAACACGACGCUUGGUAUCGAGUUUCGCGGUAUUUGGAGGCAACUCCGGAAUAAGUACAUGCUAUUACUCAUCCCGGUCUUUCUUGCUGGGCAAUUUGGUGUCACUUACCAAGGAAACUAUUUGACAUCGUAUUUCACCGUCCGCUCUAGAGCGCUUGCAUCUUUCCUGACAGCUGUGGUGGGCGCCACAGCCAAUAUAUCAACGGGCAUAAUUCUAGAUCUGAAAUAUGUGUCUAGAGAAGCUAGAUCAAAGGCUGUAUACGUUUUUGUCCUCGUUUUCGUCACCGCAGCCUGGAUCUGGAAUGCCGUCACACAGGUGAAACUUUCCCGCAUGGCUGAAACACCCGCCUUCGACCUCGGAGAUGGACCCUUCUUCAACUCGGCUUUCACUGUCUAUAUUUUCUUCAAGUUCUUCUAUGAGGUGUUGCAAACUUAUGUCUAUUGGUUAAUGGCUGAAAUAAGAGGAGCACAGGGAGACGGUGAUAUCGCGAGAACGACUGGCAUUCUGAGAUCGUGGGAGUCCAUUGGUAGCACCAUCGCAUAUGCCGUGGGCGCAACUCACUGGCCUAACUUGAACCAGAUGAUAUUGGGCUUCGCACUGUGGGGGUUUACAAUCCCAUUCACCAUUCUCGCGGUUUUCGGCCAUUGGAAUGAAUCUGAGACGCACGAGGUGCAGGGACAGUCAGAUAGUAGCAGCCUCGAAGCACAAAGGGUGGUUAUCAACUCGGAAGGGAAAGAUUAG